AUGCUCUCCCACCUCUUCACCGUCUCCAUCCUCGCCUUGUCUGUCGUUGUUUCCGCCACUGCGGUGCCAGCAGUAGACGAGACCGCGGACGCCAUCGUCAAGCGUGCGUGCCAGCCCGCGUGCUGCGAUCUCCUCGUUCAAUCACACGACGGCACUCUUGAUGGCGUCCAAUGCGAACGUGGCGGAAUUGACUGUCCUUUCUCUGGUCAACUAACGGCCUGCUGCGAGUCAUUUACGUUGUCGACAAACGCCCACAAAUGCACCUUAUAG